AAGAACACGCAGAUGAAGAAAUACAUACAUACAUUAUACAUACAUACGCCCAUGAUAUAUAGUGGGAGAAAAGGAGAGUGAGUGAUGUUUGUCUUGUGGGGUUAGUCUUGUGUUCCACCAUUAUUAAUUAUACUCUCGUGGAUUUCAGCGUUGUUUUUCAAACUUCCUCUUCAUACCCGCGCUCUAAACCCAGCAUCCGUUGAUUAUUUUAACCCCACCCCCCAUCUCCUCUUUCUCAAGUUUCCCCUCCCCGUUUCUCUAGAUUUACGUAUUUCUUGAUUCUUGUGUAAUCCUGAUCAGGUUGGUUUAUAAACCCAAAGGAGAAUCCGACUUGGGGUCCGAAUCCGAGGCCGAGGUUUAAUGGGUAUUUGGGUAAUGGCUGUUCUGUUUGGGAAGAAAGAUGUACAGUGAGUGAUUGUAAAGUGGAGAAAAAGGAGUGAAAUAGUUACCCCCCAUUCUUUUCCUAUUUUCCCUUUGUUUCUUUUUAUAUAUUCUUCACCCAAAAGGAUAUCUUUUACUAUAGUAUGAUAGAAUCAGUAUUGGUGGUAAAGAAUGCAGAAUAUGAAGAAGAAAGUCAGUAAUGGAAAUGGGAAUAGCAAUGAAGCUUCAAAGCCUAAAGAGAGACAUAUUGUUUCUUGGUCUCAAGAGGAGGAUGAUAUACUGAGAGAACAGAUUAGACUCCAUGGAACAGAGAAUUGGACAAUCAUUGCAUCAAAAUUUAAAGAUAAAACAACCAGGCAAUGCAGAAGGAGAUGGUUCACUUAUUUGAACUCCGAUUUCAAAAAGGGGGGAUGGUCACCUGAAGAAGACGUGCUCUUGUGUGAGGCUCAGAGGAUUUUUGGCAACAGAUGGACCGAGAUUGCCAAGGUGGUCUCAGGCAGAACCGAUAAUGCUGUGAAGAAUCGAUUCACUACCUUGUGCAAAAAGAGAGCAAAGAACGAGGCCUUAGCUAAAGAAAAUAACAAUUCAUUUAUUAAUCUAAACAACAAAAGGGUUAUCUUUCCAGGAGCUGGAUCUCCGUUUAAGAAGCUGAGGAGGAGCCACAUAUCGGAUCUCCCAGAAAAUUGCAAUAGUGGAGAAAAAUCACUUGUGACUUGUAAUGCAGUAAAUCAGCUGCAAAGAUCUCCAUUUUCAGUACUCCCAAAUGUUGGGAGCAGUUUACCGACCAAUCAAAAUGUCAGCAUUAAGGAUUCACCUACCAAUGGUAAAUAUUUCAUUGAAAUUGAAGGAACUUUUCUUAAGAAGGAUGAUCCAAAGAUACUUGCACUGAUGCAACAAGCAGAACUGCUGAGCUCCUUGGCGCUCAAAGUGAAUUCAGAGAACUCACACCAGAGUCUUGAAAAUGCUUGGAAGGUACUUCAAGAUUUUCUCAAUCAAAAAGAGGAUGAUGUGCUCAAGGGCAGAAUUUCUGAGAUGGAUUUUAAGGGCUUAGCAGAGGAUUUGAAAAACAUUAAUGUACCUAGUCAAUCUUGGAGGCAACCUGCUUUAUCUGAAGAUUCUGCAGGCAGCUCUGAGUAUAGUUCUGAAUCAACUUUGUUAUCCCAUGCUCCUGGUGAUAAGAAAGAACAAUGUGAAGCUGAGGUAUCUGCCUUGCAUCAGGAUAUUGAAUCUGGGUUACAAUCGACUGAGAUAGGGGAUCGAACCACUAUAAAUGCAUUUUCAGGUGGAACUCCUGCCAAUGCAACUUGUACUGAAGCAGAUAUCUUACCAACUUGUGACAAAGUCGGUGCCAAUGAGGAAGCAGCAGCUGAAGAAUGCAGCUCCCCUCUGCAUGUAACUCCAUUGUUCAGGACACUAGCAGCAGCCAUUCCCAGCCCAAAAUUUUCAGAAAGUGAGAGACAAUUCCUACUAAAAACACUUGGAAUGGAUUGUACAUCCCCAAAAUCAAGCAUCAAUAAUACUUCCCAUCCUCCAUCUUGCAAGAGGGUCCUCCUCCAUAGUCUAUGACAGACCGACCAUUUACACAGAUUCUGCGGCACUCAGAAUCAGCAGGGAGUUUUUGACGCGUAGAUUUCCUUUGAGCUAUUUUCUCUGGCUUGCAGUCAUUAGUACGACCCGAGUUUUUUCAUAGAGGCCUGUGAAGAUCUGGUCUGCAUUCUAGAAUGCUACGGGGCAUCCUAGUCUUGUUUUUGGAAGAUCUGACAAGAUGAUCUGCAUCCUUUCUGGACUUACUACUACUACUACCCUAAUACAAGUGUAGUGUGCUUUUCUGUGUUGUGCCUCAUUCUUUGGUGUGUUGAUUGGGACUCGGAUUAGGGCAUUCGAUGUUCCCACAAGUUUUCUUGGCAUUAGAAUGCCAAUUGUACAGAUCAUACAGUGUAAUUAAAAACUGGCACCUUGCUGAUAUAACAGAACCCCAAAAAAAAAAGAGGAAAGAAAGAAGGAAAUCUAAUACAUUUAGAGAGAGACAAAACUGGCACAGAAGGAUCAACCAGAUGAAUUGACCUCUGUGUUUUGUGUUAGAAAAUAAGUAUUUUUAGUUUUUGGUGGUGUACUAGUGUUUGAUUCUUUUUUUUUUUUUUUUUUCCUGAUUUAUAUGUAACAUGUAACUCAUACUCAUUGGGGUGGUGAAUAUAUAAUAUUGUUUUUGUGUGCA